CUGCCUCGGUUUUACUACGAAAAUGAUCUCCCUAACACUAUUUUUGCUUCUAUUAGCAAGUGCUUGGUCAGACAAUAGUACCUUACCCACUGAGUACCACAUCACCAUCGUACCAGAAUUUAGUGACUUAACUUUCACAAGUGAAACAAGAAUUACAAUCGUGGUUCAAGAAGCCGUAAGCAGGUUAACAUUGAACUCAAGGGGUUUAGAAAUUCAAGACCCCAAAGUUUAUAAUAGUGCAGCCGAAGAAAUAACUGGUGUAGGUUUCAUUAGAGAAACAGAAAAUGAAACAAUAGAAAUAACGUUUGCUAGUGAUUUAGAAGAAGACGGGAUUUACGAUUUGGUUUUUCAAGCUUCUGGAACUAUUAAUGAGAACUACGAUGGAUUUUAUGCGGCAAACUAUACAAAAACUGUCUCAGGACAAAAACAAGAAAGGACUAUUCUGCUGGCCAACUUAAAGUACUACAAGGCUAGACAAGUCUUCCCGUGCUUCGACGACUUAACCCACUUGUCAACUUACACCCUAACUCUAGUGAGACCCAACGACUACAUUUCAGUAUCUAACACUGCCAAAACGUCAACCGCAGACUAUGACACAAAUCGAAGUAAAGACGUUUUUGCCCCUACGGAUCCUAUCCCUCCCUACGAACUGUCUUUCGCAAUCAUUGACUUUGUGAAAGAAGAAUUUGACGGUACUACAGUCUACAGUGUUGCCAAAGAAGACACUCAAUACGUAGGAGAGCUUUCAUCGCAAGUUGCCCAAAAAUUCCAAGAGCUCUAUCCUGUCAAAAUAAAUAGAAUACACCAGAUCGUCGUCCCUGAUAAUACUCUCGUCACAAAUGUCGUCGACAAUAUUGGAUUAAUCAUUUACAAAGAAUCCGCUGUUGUUUAUAAAGAGAUACGUGAAUCUGUGGAGGACAAGCAAGAAAUUGCGAAACUUGUAGCUCUUUCUGUGAUCAAGCAGUACCAGAGGGAGUCUUUCGAAUGGUGGCCCAACUAUUGGGCGAAAAUUGGAACUCUCGUUUCGUAUCAAUAUGAAGUUUUGGACCAGCUCCACCCAACGUGGAGACUGUACGAGCAAUUUGUUACUGAAGAACUCUUAAGUCUUCUGGAGGAAGAUGUAGACGGACGCGAUAUUUCGGUGCUACUGCCGGAGGAUCAAACUCCAGAUGUGUUCACGAAAUCGCAGUUACUCAAAUCGUUCUCUUUCGUUCGAAUGUUUUCACACUUCCCUAGUCCCGGAGAUAUUCUUGACGAUGAAACUAACGCUGCGGCACUUUCGUGGAUCGAAAAUAAAGGGUACCCGCUGGUGACUGUAACCAGAACCUUUAAUGAAGUUGACAAUAAUAUCACUUUCGUUCAGGGUAACCUGGUCCUGCGUUCUCUUCCCGUCAACAUUGUGUUUGAAAACCAAGAAGGCGACUCCAACAAUUUUGAUUUCGUUUUGGACCGGAGCGAAAUUAUGUCAAAUUACCGGGACUAUAUUUCGUCCUCAUGGUUUACCGUCAACUUGGAACGACUGGGGUACUACCGUGUGAAUUACGGCACUCCAAAUUGGCGCAAUCUUGCAAUGUUCCUCAUAAAUUCUAGAAACGAUAUUGAUACAAUAUCACCACUAAAUCGAGCCGUGUUAAUAGAAGAUGCUUUCUACUUUAGCCACCUGGACCGAUUACCUGUGACCCUCUAUCUAGAACUCAUCCUGCACUUAAAAAGAGAGACCGACUUCUUCCCAAUUUAUGCUUUCAUAAAAACAGCCAACAGAAUUAAAAGUUUGUUGUACCUAACUUCUAGUGCGCAGACCAAGUUUAUGACAUUUGCAACUCGUUUGGUCGAACACUUGUAUGAAAACAUCGGUACUUCUCUGAACUCAACGGAAAGCCACAUUGACACGUUAAGUCGUACCAAAAUUUUGACUUGGAUGUGUAGCUUUGGAUACGCGAAAUGCCAAGAAGAAAUGCACGCGCUGCUGUCUAGUGGAGGUUCGACACAUCCAGAUCUGCAAGAACUGGUGUUCUGCGGCGGCAUGAGACGUGGUACUUUGGAAAACUUUCAUUUUUUAUUAGACCAGCAUAUGCAGAGCGGAAAAAAGAGGAUUCUCAGAAGCAUGGCCUGCACAUCUGACACUGAAAUUUUGAGGUACUACAUCACUGCGGUUGUUGAUGAGAGUGCCAUUGUGCAUCUAAAGGAACACGACAGAGUAGACGUAUUUAUGGCAGUUUUGGAGGGAAGCGACCUCGGUGUCGAGGUGGCUCUGAAUUUUGCCAAGCAGUACCUGGAGCAAAUUUUAAUAAGGUUCACCCAGGAAGAUAUUGAAAGGAUGUUUAUCGCCUUGUCGAGGAAGUUAAUUUCGGAACCUCACCAGAAAACGAUUAAUGCUAUUAUUGAGUGUCUCACUGAUGAGCAAAAGGUGCAAUAUGGUGACUUAUUUAGAACUGUCACAAAUACUAUAAACAACAAUAAAAAGUGGAGAAGUUCGAAUAUUGGAACUAUUGAAACAUGGCUGGAUGCUAACGAAAUAACAACAGUGGCACCAGGAGGGGAAAAUACGACCACAACUGUUACUGCUAAUAAUAGUACUACUACUAGUACUACUACCACGCCAUCUCCAGGUGGUGGUGCUGCUGAUCUUAGAAUUUCUUAUACUUUAUUUGUAGUUUUCUUGUUGACUUGUAUUUUUUCGUCAACGCAAAUUUAGAAUAAGUAGGAAAUUUUAGAGAAAAGUGUUGUUAUUUUUUCUACUUAUUGUUCGUUUCCUGUAUUUUUAAAAUAUAGUGUACGUUACUUU